CUCCGGACACGCCCCUUCCGCCGUCGAGUUCCGCUGCUUCCGCUCCACUGGAUCCGUCCCCGGAGCGCAGCGAGUACCCAUGGCUCCCGGGGGUGUCCGGCGGGUCCGGAGUGCCCGGCGCCGAGUGCGGGGCGCGCCACCGGCCGGGGAGCGGGCCCGCUCGGCCGAGGACUGGUGGUGGGACCGGCUGGCGCCGAGCGGCUCCGGGUUCCACCUGCUGCAGGCCGACAGCAUGCUGCUCGUGCUGCCCGGCGCGGGGCCCGCUCGCGCUCGCGUACACCGCCGCGCCGCCCGCCGCGCCCAGCCGCUGCCGCCCCCCGGGGCCCGCGCCGCGGGGGCCAAGGCCAGGCACAGACCCGCACCCACAACCGCGCCCGCGCCGCCGCAAGGGCCCGACCCCGGCUGGGGCGACCGCAUCCCUUUGGAAAUCCUGCUGCAGAUUUUCGGGCUGCUGGUGGCGGCCGACGGGCCCAUGCCCUUCCUCGGCAGGGCCGCACGCGUGUGCCGCCGCUGGCACGAGGCCGCCUCCCAGCCCGCUCUCUGGCACACCGUGACCCUGUCGCCCCCGCUGGCUGGCCGAUCCACCAAAGGCGGCGCCAAGGCCGAGAAGAAGCUCCUUGCUUCCCUGGAGUGGCUUAUGCCCAAUCGGUUCUCGCAGCUCCAGAGGCUGACCCUCAUCCACUGGAAGUCCCAGGUACAUCCCGUGUUGAAGCUGGUCAGUGAAUCCUGUCCUCGGCUCACCUUCCUCAAGCUUUCCGAUUGCCACGGUGUGACCUCUGACACUCUGGUCAUGCUGGCCAGAGCCUGCCCCCAGCUCCACAGCCUGGACAUUCAGCACUCCAUGGUGGAGUCCACGGCUGUGGUGAACUUCUUGGAGGAGGUGGGGCCUCGAAUGCGCAAGCUGUGGCUGACCUACGGCUCCCAGACCACUGCCAUCUUGGGUGCCCUGCUGGGCAGCUGCUGCCCCCAGCUCCAGCUCCUGGAGGUGAGCACAGGCAUUCACCGGAACAACACUCCCCUCCAGCUGCCCGUGGAGGCCCUGCAGAGAGGCUGCCCCCAGCUGCAGGUGCUGCGGCUGCUGAACCUGAUAUGGCUGCCCAAACCUGCGGGGCGAGCGGCGACUCCUGGCCCAGGCUUCCCCCGCCUCGAGGAGCUCUGCCUCGCCGGCUCCACCUGCAGCUUUGUGAGCAACGAGGCUCUGAGCCGCCUGCUCCGAGGUUCCCCUGGCCUGCGCCUGCUGGACCUUCGAGGGUGCGCCCGGGUCACACCCGUCGGCCUGCAUGACCUGCCGUGUCAGGAGCUGGAGCAGCUGUACCUGGGCCUGUAUGGCAUGUCAGACCGGCUGACUCUCGCCAAGGAGGGCAGCCCCCUGUUGACCCAUAAGUGGUGCCACACUCUGCGGGAGCUGGACUUGAGUGGCCAGGGCUUCAGUGAGAAGGACUUGGAGCAGGCCCUAGCCGCCUUCUCAGGCACCCCCGGGGGCUCACCCCCAGCCCUGUGCUCCCUUAACCUCAGGGGCACCCGGGUCACACCAAGCACAGUCAGCUCUGUGAUCAGCAGCUGCCCAGGCCUGCUGUACCUCAACCUGGAGUCCUGCCGCUGUCUUCCCCGGGGCCUGAAGCGGGCCUACCGCGGCCCAGAGGAGGUCCAGUGGUGCCUGGAGCAGCUGCUCACCUGCCCCCCCUCCCCCAGCUAGGCCGCCUGGCCCUGCACCCUUUUCCAGUUUUGGAUGUUGGAGCAUUUUGUUACAAUAAACAUUUUAAGAACUG